AUGCCCAGCACUGAGGACAACUCGAUUUCUAACAAUCAUGAUCUAGGCGAUCUUGACUCGAGCAACCUGCCUACAACCACCUCUGGAAGCUCCGACGAUGCUGACCCAGAUCCUGGCAGCACCAACUCGGGCAGCUCCGACUCUAGUUCAGGAGAUAGCCAGUCUGACAAUCCACCGCCGACCACUGGCGACUCAGAUGGGCCUACCGAGACCAACAAUUUUGGAGCUAGACCUAUUGACACGCAAGAUCCGUUUGCACCACAAAAGAACUACACUGCUCCUUUCUUCCUAGAUUCGCAGGCCUGCUUCUGCGCCCUUCAAAAACGCGAGGACCCAAAGCUGGUCUGGCAUUGCACGGCCGAUCAAGGCAACUUUGACAAGACUCUUGGCAAGUUCUUCUUUGCUAAGAACGGCAAUGCGGCAACAGCCAAGCUUCCGUUUAACGACUUCUCCAACCCGCCUGAUACAGCUACGGCUCUGCUCUUCAACAGUUACACUAAAACCUUUGAACCAAGCACCAAGUUUGAUGGACUUAGCCCCUUUGAUCAGGCCUGCACCGGCAUCAAACGCAACGGCUUUACAAACUCUAUCCAUCGGGCAAUGCGGGAGCUCAACUUUCAGGAUCUCAAAAAUCAUCCUCCAGUCGAUGCCUUCCCCUGCAUUAUCCCAAACGCCAUCCCCUUGACGCUUGACAAUGUGACUCAUUGGGUUAGGGAGGGCUGCUUAGACGGUUUCCGCUGCGAAAACAACACCGUCAACUCUCUUCCCCAGUUCUGCCCGCCCAUUACAGUCUGCCAGAAGGCCCGCGUCCUCGGCCAGGUCUGCCAGAUCCCAUCGGGGCCUGACAAAGGCCAGUACGUGCCAAUGGGAGCAUUCGAGCCAGUUGCCUGCCAAGCAGGCUUCUUUUGCCCCAAAAACGCCGGUGGUGCAAAGCAGAUCAAAUGCCCUUCUGGAACAUUUUGCCAGCCUGGUGCAUCGGCGCCAACUCCGUGUGCCCCCGGCAGCCAAUGCCCCGAGGGUUCCGUCAAGCAAGUCUUUUUCGUGCCCAUCGCCUUGGUAUUCAUCUUCGACGCUCUGCUUAUCCUCGGCAUGGUGAUUAUCCUGUUCCGCAACCGCUUUCGAUCCAAGACGCCGCCCAAGGCGCUCACUAUGCUCCGCGCAAAGAGUACAAAGUACCGUGUGCUUGAAGAGGAGCCUGGCAUCGAAAUGGAGGCAACGUACAUGCCCAACCGUGAGGGGCCAACUGGUUUCGAGGCCAUCUUUGAACUCUACGGCAGCACCGUGGAGAAGACGACGCAGGAGCUUAGCCCUCAGCUGCAAAAGUUUGUCGAUUCCAUGCGUCGAGCAACAGACGCGUCUAGCUUUGGCUUGUCCUUCCGCUACGAGAACCUCAUCUUCCAACCGAACAAGAAGCGGCCGCCAAUCUUGCAGAAAGUCACGGGAAAGAUUGAAACCGGCUCUCUUGUGGCUGUCAUGGGCGGCUCAGGUGCUGGCAAGUCGACCUUUGUCAACGUGUUAAUGGGCAAGACGGCAAACACAGGCGGCCACGUCUCGGUCAACAACCAGCCCGGUCGAAUUAGCCGCUACAAGAAGCUCAUUGGCUUCGUUCCGCAAGACGACAUUGUACUUCCGGAGCUGACCGUCUACGAAAACAUCUUGCACUCGGCCCGCAUCCGUCUUCCUCGGUCGUGGUCGUUUACCGAUAUCCAGUCGCAUGUCGACUGCGUUAUCGACUGUCUCGAGCUUUCUCACGUGCGAGACUCUCUCGUCGGCAGCAUCAGCAAGCCAGUCAUUAGCGGUGGUCAGCGUAAAAGAGUCAGCAUCGGUAUGGAACUAGCUGCAGCACCCAUGGCCAUCUUCCUCGACGAACCGACCAGCGGCCUAGACGCUACUGCUGCCUCGUCCAUUAUGCGAACGCUCAAGGCCAUUUCUCGGCUCGGCAUCUCCAUCAUCACCAUUAUUCAUCAGCCUCGUGCAGAAAUCUGGGAAAUGAUUGACGAUCUUAUUCUACUUGGAAACGGCCAGAUCAUCUACGAAGGCAGCCAGACAAAGGUGCAAGAAUACUUUGAAGGCUUCGGCUUCCACUUCCCCGAGCACACCAACCACAGCGACAUUGUCACCGAUAUCAUUACUGGCAACGGCCGAGAUUACAAGCCGCAGGGCCAAGUGUCCAAGGAGAGCCUGAUUGACAAAUGGGCUGAGUUGCGCGAUCCUAACCGCUUCUCUGUCAUGGUAGAGGCCCCCGUCAGGAUGGGCCAUGAGCUGUCCAUCGGCGAGGUGCUCAAGAUUCGCGGCGCUCCUAGGUUCAAGCAGUUUUGGCUUUGUCUUUCGCGAGCUAUGCUGCAACAAUAUCGUGCAAAGGGCACCUUCUGGGCAGAGAUGGGCCUUGCAAUGCUGGCUGGUUUGCUGCUCGGUCUUGCGCAGGCAUCAAAGAACGGCGUCUUGUUCACCGGUCUUUACAAAGCUCCCUACGACGUUCUCUCAGUUGCUGCUGAUUUCACGUCUGCUCCUCAAAUGGCUCUUCUUGUUGUGAUUGCUAUUGGUCUAGUUGGCUCUGCGCCCGGUGUCAAAGUCUUUUCUGAAGAACUUUUGCUUUACCGCCGCGAGUCAGAGGCUGGCCACUCGCGCAUAGCAUACUUUAUGGCCAAGAUGGUGUCAGCGUUUCCUAGGAUGAUCUGGGGCUGCUUGCACUUUACUACGCCGCUGCUGCUUCUCUCGGCCGCCAUCAUCCCUUGGUUUACAGCCUUUGGAACAAACCUGCUCUACUUUUAUUGCAUUUAUGGCCUGGCUAGCGUUGUUAGCAUGGUUGCCCGCCGCGAAGAUGCACCGCUCUUUGCAACCAUGAUUGCGCUUGUUGCUGGGAUCUUGUGCGGUGCUGCUCCGCCGCUGGCCAAGGUGAAGCAGUUUCACGCUGAAUUUCUCUGGCGCGCUUCGCCUGCGACGUGGGUUGCUGAACUCUACUUUGGUCAGCUUGUGAACCCUUUUGCAUACUUGUACGAUGUCGACUUUGCUGCAGCACGCACAGGUUACAGCCUAACUGGCUUUUCCCUAAACUUGGCCAUGCUUGUCGCCAUUGGAACGGUGUACAGGUUUAUCGCCUACAUUGGUUUGAUUUUUGGAAACAGAUUGCGACGAUAGAAGGAUCCAACAAACAAAUAACAUUAUAUCAUUUACCUUUAUAUUCUUUAUAUUUGAUAUAAUAAAUUGCAGUGUAAGCCGCUAUACAAAUUACAUCACACGGCAUCAGACAUGGUGAGAGACGCCACGGCGCCGAGUCAUUCACACAAUCCGAGGGCGCUCAAGAUCCGAACUUCCGAGGUUUGAAAGAGGGCAAGCGCCUACAGAAUAGCAUUCGAUUGGUGCUCUACGUUGGGGUGGUUGAUCUUAGUCCCGCAUUUUCAUCCGCUUUAAUCAUGUUGAGCGCAUUUUUACGGGUUAGGCAUAGCAAGUUGGCCAUGAUUCUGCCCAGCGGUGAUACGCCACG